AUGGCCAGCCGCGGGUUUGCCGAGAUCGAGCCCGUGUUGAGACGCGCAUGCAGUGGACAGUCGCAUGAUGCGACGCAUGGUGGGGAGGACGAAGAGGACCGACCUUCUGUGCGCACAAAUAUCCGUGUGGGGGAUGCCAGCUACACACCUCCACCGGAGCCCGCGGCAAAUCCCGAGGAGAGCGCGCUGAACGCCAGGACGGCUUUCAGAACAGAGGGGGGAUUGCAUUUGUUUUUCCCGCCAGACACGCUGGACCUGUGGGUGAACAAAGAGGUCAAGACCAACGACGAGGGGGAGCUCUUCCUUGCAUCGUCGGGAGAACCCUUGACGCCACAGCAGGCGGGGGAGUAUGCCGCCUAUCAGGCGAGGCUAUCCCACCGGUACCGCCUAGGAGACCAAGCCGACCGCCUUGUACGCAUCGUCGACAAAUGGUUGCCUCACGUGGCGGCCGAAAACAGAGUUUUCACGAUGAGAUUCCCAGAGAAAGUGCCGGCGCUUCUGGAAAAAGCUUGGGCGCUGCGACGGAGGAGGGCCGGGGGGGAGCGACCAGCUCCACACCUUCGGCGCAGCAGUCAGUGCCAGCCCAAGCAGUGGAACCGGAGCUUUGGGAGAAAGGCGACCGCGAAGAACGUGAAGACCAAGGAGGGGGAGACACGCAAUGGCCAUGGGGUCCCGAAGGCAGGCCAUCGGAUAGAACCAGUGGCCAACAACGGCCAAACGAACCUGCGGGGGAGCCACCGAACCGACCAAGCAGAGACGGGGGUGGCCGACGACGACCAAGUGAGCCCGCGGGGGAGCCGAAGCGCCGCCGCCUUCUCGGAGACCAGCCUAGUGAACCUGUGGGGGACCCUCCAGCAAGGAGGGGACAGCCAGCCAGUGGUGCAGCAUGAGACAAGGGGGGGACUCCACCUGCUUUUCCUCCCAAGCCCGCUCGAUACGUGGAUCGGGCGCAACGUGCAGCACAAUGACGAGACCGGCGAGCUCUAUGAUGAGAAGGGGGAGCCACUGGGGGAAGACGACCAGGAGGCCUACGCUAGCUACAGGGGGAGGCUUCGCAACCGCCAAGCCCUGGGAGCAGCGGCAGACAAGUUGGUGAAGAUCACGGAUGCCCGCGAGGUGAAGAAGAAGAAGCAAGCACAGCGUGGGAAGGGGGAGCUCAGGACUGAGGAAACGCCACCCGACUGGGGGAGCACCGACGAGGACAGCCGGGAAGAUGAUGAACAAGACCAAGGUGGUGACGUGCAAUGGCAGAAGCAGGCGGCCGGCGAAGUGGAGGGCAUGCGUCAGAAACAUGCGCAGGCGUGCUCUAACAGGGAGCAAAGCCGAAGGCAGAGGUUGGAGGAGUUCCGCCAGCGGAUCUCUGUGAAGGUUGACGUUGUCCUUGAAGCCAACGGGCGGGCUGUUGUCAAUGUCCAACUCGCUGCCAAAGACGGUGUGCCUGGCAUAUCCGACACUGAAAUCGACAUCCCCAUGAACGACGAGACUGCCCACGCCGCCACCAAAAUCCAAGCGAAGUUCAGGCAAAAGCAGGCGGCAGGCGAGGUAGACGCGAAGCGCAGAGAGAAAGAAAAGAUGCACGAUGCCGCGGAAAAUGAAAUCGACAUCCCCAUGAACGACGAGACUGCCCAAGCCGCCACCAAAAUCCAAGCGAAGUUCAGGCAAAAGCAGGCGGCAGGUGAGGUGGAGGCAAAACGCAGGGAGAAAGAAGAGAUGCACAGUGCCGCGGACAAAGACAUCGACAUCCCCAUGGACGACGAGACUGCCCAAGCCGCCACCAAAAUCCAAGCCAAGUUCAGGCAGAAGCAGGCAGCAAGUGAAGUAGAGGCAAUGCGCAAAGAGAAGCUGAAGAGCGAAUCCGGUGACGGGGCUGCUGAAGCCGAGCCGUCGGAUGUGGACAGAUUCGAGCCAGAUGUUGACAUUGAGCAGGCCGAGCUAGCCAGGCCUGCAGACGAGAUCAGCGAAGUCGAAGCCAUGCUCAAAGAGAAGGAGAAGGAGCAGCAACAGCUGGUUGAGGACAACUCGCCCAAGGUGGAGGGGAUGUUCGGCUCGAAGCAGGAGAAGAGGCCAAUGGCCGUGAGUCCUGCAAUUCCUGAAGGUGACGAGGAGUGA